UCCGGUUUUGAAGGGAAAAUACAUAAUCAAGUGUUGGUGCUAUAUUGUGUUCGUAGUGAGAUAGAAAUUGUAAAGGAUUUUUAUUUGUAUUUGGGUGUGAAUAGAGAUUAAAAUGCGGUGAUUGUGCGAACCAUUGACAUUAUAGAGUUAACCAAUUGUUGUGAGAAGACCAGUGGGGACACUAUAAAGUGUUCAGAAACCAAGACGUGUUAACCCAGUCAUAUUGCUCGGCACGUGCAGCGAGUGCGCGCGGCGUGCUUCGCGCGCACGUAGCACGCUCGCGCACUUAGAGACAUGCUCUGAAAGGGCCAUGGAGACGAUUUCCGAGGAUGCUGAGGCUGAAUUGGAACUUGAUAAAAUCCGUAAGAAGUAUGCUUCACUUGGCGACAGCGUGGUCGCAGUUAAGCUGGAGAGGUCGUCCAAAGCAGGCUUGGGGUUGUCACUGGCUGGUCAUAGAGACAGGAGCAGGAUGGCCGUGUUUGUAUGCGGGCUGCAUCCUUCCGGAGCCGCGGCGAAGGCCUCGCCAGCGGUUAAAGUUGGAGAUGAGAUCUUGGAGGUGAACGGAAUAGUGCUUCACGGCAGAUGUCAUCUGAACGCUUCGGCGAUAAUUAAGGGGCUCGUGGGGCCAGUUUUCAAGAUCAUCUUGUUGAGACGAAAAUCCGCCCUGGAAGACGUUGCUGUGAAGCCCCUCACUCAAUUCCCAAUCGCUUUGGAGGAAGAGUCAGAAGAUCGUUUUGCGGCCUACAAGGGAGUCCGAGAUGUUACCAUAAAAAAAGGAUCGGCCGGAUUGGGAAUAAUGAUAAUCGAGGGCAGACAUACGGAGGCCGGCCGUGGGAUAUUCGUGUCGGAUCUGCAAGAGGGUAGUGCGGCAGAGCAGGCCGGUCUGCAAAUAGGUGACAUGCUUCUGGCUGUCAACAGGGAUUCAUUGCUCAGCUGUAGUUACGAUGCGGCGGCAGCGAAACUGAAACAGACUGAAGGGGUGGUAAUACUCACCGUAUGCAGUCCAAAUUUGAAGGACGACAAGACUGAUGAAACGGCAGGAAGCUCUGGUCGAAACGCUAUAUCGCGGCCAACCAGCAGAAACCAAACGCCUGAUCCAAAGACUGGAGCUUCACGGCCGCAAACGCCGAGACCUGUGCCUUCACCUAUUAAAGCGGAACCCCCACCUGAUCCAGCGAUUGCCCCAAUUGUGCCUAACCAAGAUGUCGUCAUCGAGAUCAAUUCGCAAAACGAUAUCCUCGGCAUCGCUCUGCUUGGUGGCAGUGAUACCCUGAUCAAUGGAGGAGCAGCUAUAAUCCUCGACAUAUAUAAGAAAGGAGCAGUAGUGAAAGAUGGAAGAUUGAAAGUCGGAGACCAGAUCCUCGAAUGCAACGGAGUCGCUAUCACCAAAGCUAUGACCCACGAACGAGUUUGUUUGACGAUAAAACAGAGGGCUGCCAAGUUAAAAAUGACGGUACACCGUCCAAAUCCAAUAAAAUAUCAGGAUAUUGAAGCAGAGCUGACGAGAAAGGGAGGGAAGACUCUAGGAAUUACAUUUGUAUCACCAGUCCAGGGUACGGGGGUUUAUCUUGGUGAAAUGCUGGCAGGAUCCCCAGCAGAACUAGACGGCAGGCUUCAAAAAGGCGACUUACUUGUCUCAGUUGAUGGCAAAGAUCUGUCCACAGCUGAUUAUUUGACAGUAGCAACAGCGAUGAAGUUAUGUGGCAACAAAACUGUUAUAAAAGUGAAGAGAUUUAAAACUGUUAGGUAAAAUGUGUUGUAUUUGUUGUUGAUUGAUUGUUUGUAAAGUUGGUAAUACCAUCUGUGGGUAAUAAUUGUUAUCAUUAUAAUUUAAAAGAAAUUAAGUAAAUUAUUUCUAUCCCAGGGAUUGAAUAGUAAUCACCCAUGGUAUCUUUAGUACAGACUUGUAAAUUAAGGUUGAACGCAAUAUAGAAAAAGUAUAAUGUAAUUAUUUUCUAGACAGCAUAAUUUCUCAAUUUUUAUUGUCUUGCGCGUGUCUGACGAGUACCUCAAAGCUAUUUUAAUUGGCUCACACAUUGGUCCAUUCACCGCUACGGACGCGUCUGCAUUACUACGGACGAGUCUUUUCUCUUGGUGCGUGGAUGCAAGCUCGUGAGAGGAGAACCGUAGAAUCACGCACCGCGAGAAGACGCCUUCAAAUGUUAGCGCAAAAACUAUGGAUUAUAUGCAUUUACAGCAGAAUCCACCAUAAAAAAGUCAUAGACCGAUUACCGAACCAAAAUUUUUUAAAGGUACGGAGAUAGUUCGGAUAGACAUGGACCAUACACAUCAUGGAGUCGCAAGCCGACUAC